GAAUCCGGCGAGCGUCAAACCCGCCCGCCGUCGCGCACCUCCAGCAUCAAAACAGUCCCGACGAACAUCCUUCUCCUCUCCGUCUUGAUCUUUCCUGUCAAAUCCACGAUCGGAUCCGCAAAGAUGAAAGGCGAGAUGAAUCGUAAACUGGACGCGAGUGCGUGUGCAUGAUGAGAGGCGGUUUUGGAGCGCGUUUCUUUUUAUCGGGGGAAAAUUUCGUAUUUUGAGAAGCGCAGAAUGGAGGAGGUAUCCGUGGACAAUACCAAGGAUUCGGGAUACUCCAACACCUGCAGCAACAGCCAAUCGCAACGCAGCAGCGGCAGCUCGAUCUCGAGAAACAGCAAUCGCUCCGAGAGCAGCGGUUAUUACGGUAGACGUCCUUCGACCUUCGCAUUCAGCAAUGAGGCGCUACCGCAGCCGAUCAGCAAGAGAAAGGACAAGGAGCACAAGAAGAAGAAAUCGAAAACGGUGGCUGGACUUAACGCCACCGAAGCGGAAGCUGGCCCAAAGACGGUGGUAAACGCGUUGCCGGAAGUCACGUCGUAUAAUACCGUUGCGCCGGCAAAUGUCAUACUUGACAAGAAACCAGAAGUGACCAUCGUAGAAUUGGUGGACGCAACGGAUCCUGGCGAGCACAAUGACAACACCGUCCCUGAUUCGGAAGCAGGACUUGCUUCACGGACGAGCCUCCUGGACGAUUCUACGUCUCAGGCCAAUGAUGGAUUUUGCGCGGUAAUUUCAAUGCAUGACGGUCUGGUGCUGUAUACAACCCCGUCGAUAUACACCGCUCUUGGCUACCUCAAGGAUGCCUGGAUUGGCAAAUCUUUCAUCAAUUAUGUGCAUCCAAAGGAUAAGAAUACUUUGGCUGAUCAGAUCACCAGUGGCAUCGCUUCGCCACCGGAAGAAGAACGAUCUAAAGGAAUCAAUGGUAGAAGGGCGAGCCUGUUCUGUGGUUUGCGGAGAUUCACCAAAUGCACCAUUCCAAAUGGAUAUCAAGCAGACGCCCGGUCGAAUCUGUACUUGCCUUUCCAUCUGACUUUGUCGUUUCGGGACUUCCGGGACCGAACAGCCGAGCAACAACCCAGCAACCGAGCUAUGUUCCUCGUAGUUACCGCUCAACCCGUCCAUUCCGCAUACAAAGCGCCAGAAGAAACAAUAAUAUCUUCGAUAUUCACGACCCGCCACACCGCGACGUGCCACCUAUCCCAUGUUGAUCCCGACGUAGUCCAAUACUUCGGCUAUCUACCACAGGAUAUGGUUGGCCGUUCGCUGUUUGACUUCUACCAUCCCGAGGAUCUACCUUUCAUCAAAGACAUCUAUGAGACUGUGAUCAAACUCGAAGGCUCCUCCUUCAGAUCGAAGCCAUACAGGUUCGCCGUGCAGAACGGGGGCUGCGUCGUCCUCGAGACCGAGUGGUCAUCCUUUAUCAAUCCCUGGACGAAAAAACUAGAAUUUGUCGUAGGUCAGCAUCGAGUGCUCAAGGGACCAAUGGACCCGGACAUCUUCCGCGUACCACGCGACACCGAGUACGGUUACCUGGCCAGCAUCAGCGAGGAGGUGCUGAAGGAGGCCAAAAUCAUCCAGAGUGAAAUACGGGCGUUCCUCGAUGAGAGCAUCCAGAGAACGUUCGAUAUAACCGAGCUCGACGUGUCAAAGCGAUGUAAGGAUCUAGCAUCCUUCAUGGAAAAUCUGCUGCAGGAGAUGAAGGCUCCCGGAGUCGGCAAGGAUGGACUACUCGCGGCGGACGAACUCAGGAGCUUUUCGGGAUCACGAAAUCCCUUGUUGCAGGAGCACGACAGCGUGAUGCUUGGUGAGAUCUCGCCCCAUCACGAGGACUACGACAGCAAGUCCUCCACGGAAACACCGCCGAGUUACAACCAGCUAAACUACAACGAAAAUCUCGAGCGCUUCUUCAAAAGUAAACCCUCGGUCGCGACCAUGUACGGCAGCGACGAGGAGAACGUCAAUUCCAGCAACGACGAAGGCGCGCGAAAGUGUAUGUCGCUGAUAAACGGCAGCGGGGCAAGUGGCAGUGGUAGCGCGGAGAAUCUGAGCAGUGGUUCUAACAAUCAAACAAGUUCUGCAAGUCGGGGUGACGCGUCCAACACCGCCAGCAACAGUAACACCACCGCGACAGAGAGCUUCAAGUCGCCCACGCUGACAGAGUCACUAUUGAAUCGCCACAACGAGGACAUGGAGAAGAUGAUGAUGCAGAAACAUCGAGAGCUACGCUCCAGCAUCAAGAACAGCGACAAGUUGAAAGACUCGCGCGUCAAAACGGAAAAUGUCAACGGUACGGACCAGAGCACUCAUUACGUCAGUCAAGGUCACGGGGUUAAGAGGAGCAGCAGUCAUAGUUGGGAUGGUGAUAGCUUUAAGGUAUCGAAGCAUGAUAAAAUCUGGAAGACAAGUACGGUAGGUCCAGCGAAUCUCACAACCACUGUCAGCAUGAGUCUUGAUCAAUCAACCGUGGUACAAACGGGGGCGAAUAUUAAUCUGUGGCCACCAUUGUCGGCUGUGCCCUCUUCACCUACUCAACCUUGCGUUUCAUCCCAUAAUACCAACUCAGAGACUGUAUCCAGAUUCCCAUUACUUCCGUCAAUGAUACCGGUGUACUAUAUGCCGGUACCGCAACCCAACGAAUCGUCGCAAGAGAAGCUUAGUCCAUCGCCGUCAACGCAAUCGAAUCAACAGAAUCCUUACAUGUUUACUCCAGUAUCUUACAUCGCGACGGCGAUGACCGGGGUGAUCUAUCCAGCAGUGAUUGGUGCACCUCCACCACGUGCUAUGGUGUACCGACCUUUUCUGAUACCCGAGCAAUCACUGCCGACAACACGCGAGAACCAACAGCCAUCCAACGACAAGUGUCCGGAUCGCAAACGACCAGCCAGUCAAGCGACCAGCAUCAAGGCCGAAUCGGGGAGUACAAUGGCUAUGUCCAAGUCUUCCAACAAGGUUCUAUCACCCGGCGAGCUGUCUUCGUCAUGCGUGGGUAAUGACGGCGGUUGCUCGAGCAUGGUAGAUUUAACACCGGUGGUUAUAAAAGAACAUCGCCGGCCGACUGACUACAACGGGGAUGAAUCGAGCUUGUCCAGCUUUUACAGUAGCAGCUUCGUAUAUAAGAGCAGUGACAGCAGCUGCAAUCCGGAUCAGAAGACAUGCGAAGUUUCUUCUGAGGAACACACGAAGUGCCAGGGAAUGCAGAGGACGGCUCCACCCUGGCUGGAAGGCGUCCAAUUGACACCGGAGUUGAUUUAUGAAUACCAGAUGCAUCCUAGAACAUUGAACGAGGUGCUAAAAGCCGAUCUAGACGCGAUGAAGACCUUCAGUCAACCAUUAUUGGUGAACGAUCAACUGGGACAACUCUACCUGGACCUGGAAAUGGGAGGUUUCGGUACUGAACUCAUCCUCGAGGACGGAAUUACGUCAAGCGGAAGCGAUAGCGGAAGCAGCAACGGCAGUUGGACUGAAUCGCAGCGCAAACAGAGGAGACGAAUGGUGAAGUACGGAAAGUUAGUGAUGAUUCAUGAGGAGAAUGCACCUCUACCGCCUCCGUUACCGUCCCAGACUGCAUCUUGCCAGCAUUCAUAGAAGCUGCGAUCGACCCGCUAUAAAUAAUUCCAAAAAAACACCCAAAAUUAGUGUUCGCCAUAUUUGCAUUUUUUUCAAAUGGGUUUAAAAUCAGAUUAUAAUUCUUUAAACUGUUCGAACAUCUUUACCGAAAAAACCGCAAUCGCGAAUUAACUUAUGCCUAUAAGCGACGAAUGAAAUGCACUCGGUGAAGGAUACGUGAUUUUAUCGACAUUCGAGAAUAACAUAACUUUGACAUUUUUUUCUAAAAGAUUCGAUUUCUAUUUAAGAAAUAAGAUGACAAUUGAAGUGAAUUACCAAUGCGUCAUAUAUUGAGAAACUAAUCGGCUCUGAAAUAGAUUGACCAAGGUACAAAGCUCAGAAAUAUUUUCAAAUUGCCUUAGCAGCUGGUUAAAGUAAAUUUCCUAAGAUGCGAACUAGAACGUAUUAAAUACCUGUGAGAUUUCCAUGAGAUGGCACUUACAUUAUUUUAUGUACGUAUCUCUCAGAGUCACGAACGUUCGCUCAAUCACGGAUGUAAAUUUUUAAUGGAAUCGUGAUUGAAUGAACGCGCAAUAAUUUUUAAAAAUAUUCUAUAGAGAGAUAAUAAUAUAAUAUAAUUAUGAUAUAUUAACGCGCGAGUAGAAAUGACUGGUUUUCUCGACACGGUGCAUCGAAGGUAGUAUUAUACUAAAAAAAAAAAAAUGAGUAUAACUCGACACAAUUUUUAAUACCGUCUGCGUAAUUUUGUAUACAUGUUGCGUUAUAAAUAACUGCGUAUACGAAUUGACCGAGAUAUUUUUACAGUCGAUUUUGUAUUAAUCAGGCGGACAAUGCGC